AUGUUUCUCGUGCUUCUCUCGGUCACUCUCGUCGUAAGCUACGGUGAUGUGAAUAACACCGAGCCAUACAUAAUCCUUAGAAAUAAAGACAAAUGCAGGAUGGAAGCAGAAUUCAGAAAAAUCAUGGAUAAACAACAUAAUCUUCUUCGUCAGCAAGUUGCUUUCGGACAUACGUACUUGGGGAAGAACUUCACGAGUCAAGAAAUGUGUGGGCUGGUUUAUGAUUGUGGUAUAGAGGAAAAAGCUCGCAAGGAACUCUAUUAUCCAGGGUCCAUCAGCGAUAGAUACGAUGUGAUGUAUUUUGAAAGACCCAAAACAUCCAGCAUCUAUAUCGAAGUGGUGAACGCGAUUCAAGAUCUAGUACACGAUGAGGAGAAACUACAACAGAUAACCAACCCGAAAGCAACAGCAUAUGGAUGUUGGGGACAUAUUUUCCGUUUUCCUCGUCCGAAUGGCCCUCUUCAAGUUGAAUUUGUCUGUUUGUAUGACAAUGGGGAACCUAAAAAACAGCAGCCAACAGGAAAACCGUGUUCCUCGGUUGGCGGCGUCGGCUGUACAUUCUACCCGAAUUCGACUUGUUUGUGGGGACUGUGCUACGUUUUAAAUAAUGACGAAAAGAACAAAAUCAAGCAAUUCAACACUUCUAUCUUUGCAUAUGAAAAAUUUCCUUAA